AUGGCGAAUUCUGAAAGAGCUGACUUCGAUAAUGGGGUCGAUCUUCGUCUUGAAGCUCAAGCUCAAGGUUGGGAAGGGUAUUUCCAAAGACUCCAUGGUCUAGUUAAUGAUAAACUCGUGAAGGAAUUCUGGAAGCACGCUGACUGCAAUGAGCAUCAAGUGGUUUCGUUUGUUUUGGGAAAGAGGAUUAUCAUUUCUGAGAAGUCAUUUGUAAGGCUUCUGGGUGCAGAGACAAGCAAUGGGUACAGAUUCCAGUUGCAGGAAUCAAAAGUCAAACCCAGCACCAAGGAGAAGAAGAAGGCCAAGAAGGUCAGGAUUGCAACUCAAGUCACUCAUCUGCAACCAACUCAGGAGCCUGCUAGAACUGCACCUUCUACCAGAAUCACAAGAUCUGCAGCUAGAGCUUCAAGAUCUGCAGUCGCCGGCUCCUCUAACCCCGGCGCUCAACCCAUCACUGCCGCUGUAUCCAAAGGCAAGAAUGUUGGCAAAGCCUCCGCCAAUGUUUCCGCCACCGCGGCCACCGAGUCUGCCCAACCUGCUCCCAAUUCUGCCGCCGGUGGUACAGCCACCGUUGCUGCCGCCAAGUCCACCACUGUAGGUGCCACACCCACAACUGUUGGCCAGUCAUCAAUUGCUGGCACCACCACCAACACUUCUUCACCUUCAGCCGCCCUCAACGCCACAACUGCUGCCGCGUCCUCUGAUGCUCCCGCCGGGGGGAAAGAAACAGAAAAAGAAACCUCCAAGUCUCCUCCUCGCCAAGUCACACCUCCUAGCCCGCCUCCAACGAAUGAUGGGCGCUCCAUGUCUUCCCCGCCCCAUCAUGAGGAGAGAUCUUCUCCUGGUGCCGCCACUACCUUUGAAGCAGCCCGGAUCGAGCGAGCUCCUGGCAACGAGGGUGGCUCUUCUAGCUACCACAAUAUGCUUCCCAAUGCCAUUGAACCUUCGGAGUUCUUGCUUACCGGCCUCAACCCUGCUGAGGCUGAACGGUUGAAGGCUGAGAGUGAUCGGCACCAAGAAGCCGCUGCUGCUUGGGAAAAAUGCUGCGACAAACUGGUGGCGCAGGCGGGAAAGGAAAAAGUUCACGCCGACAAGUUGAUUGGUUCGGCGGGAAACAGGAUCGGCGAGCUUGAAGACCAUCUGAAGCUGAUGAAGGAGGAGGCGGACGGCCUUGACGCAAGCCUCCAAGCUUGUAAAAAAGAAAAAGAUCAGGCAGAGAAAGACUUGGCCGCCAAAAGCGAGGCGCUGGCUGCCAAGGAGUCAGAGCUUAAAACAUUGGGCGCUGAACUGGAGUUAGCAAAGAAGGCGAUGGCGGAGCAGGAGAAAAAGUCCGCUGAGUCUUUGGCUUUGGUGAAGGCAGAUCUGGAGGCGAUGCGGGCUACUUCUGAAGAGAUCAAGAAGGCGAACGAGGCUUAUGGGGCAACCCUCGUCGCGAAAGAUGCUGAGAUUACUUCCCAUCUUGCGAGGAUCAAAGAGCUGGAGGGCGAGCUAUCAGUGGAGAAAGCCAAAGCCACUGAGGCGAGGGAACAAGCCGCCGACAUUGCAUAUGACAAUCGCGAGCGGGGCUUCUACCUCGCCAAGGACCAGGCUCAACACUUGUUCCCGAAUCUUGAUUUUAGCGCCAUGGGAAUAAUGAAAGAAAUCACUGCUGAAGGGCUAGCGAUUAUCGAAUGA